UCUCUUCUUUCUUAGCUUGUCUCCUUUCUUCCGGCUUUCAACUUCAUUUCCAUCUCCCAUCACAUCAACUUCUCCAAGUUGAAAGUUUCCACCUUUGUGAACAUAUGUAACCAUCUCUUUUUGUUCUGCUCUUCCUUUUCGCUAUGAGACGACCCUUUUUGCUCACGCUAGGCUUCUUUACCUUCUUGUGUGUUGUUUCUGCUCUGAGCCCUGAUGGAUUGUCUCUGCUUUCUCUGUCACAGCAUUGGACAUUUGUGCCUCCUUCCAUAAGCUCAAGCUGGAAUAUCUGUGACUCAACUCCCUGCUCAUGGGUAGGAAUCCAGUGUGACAAUGCCCACAGUGUUAUCUCCAUUAACCUCACUUCUUUUUCGAUUGUUGGUCAGUUAGGACCAGAAAUAGCACAGUUGAGUCACUUGCAAACUCUUAUUUUUUAUUCUAACAGUCUCUCAGGAAGAAUUCCCCCUCAGAUAGGCAAUUGUAGUAUGCUUGUUUAUUUGGACCUUUCUGAAAAUGACUUCACAGGGAAAAUACCAAGUGCCUUAAGCAACAGUAGUAUGCUUGAGCACUUGGAUCUUUCUGAAAAUUCUCUUACUGGGGAAAUUCCAAAUAGCUUUAAAAGUUUGCAAAACUUGCGAUAUUUCAACCUUUAUUCCAAUCUAAUUUUUGGUGGAAUUCCUAUAUACUUGUUUGAUUUUCCUCAGUUAGACACUGUGUUUUUGGAAUUGAACAACCUAAGUGGUCCUAUCCCCAUGAAUAUUGGCAAUAGCACCAAACUUCGGAGGUUGUAUCUGGAAAAUAAUCUCUUGUCUGGGAUGAUGCCCUCUUCCAUUGGAAACUGCACCAAAUUAGAGGAAGUUAGUCUAGGUAAGAACAGUUUACAGGGGAUCUUACCUCAAAGUCUUAACAAUCUCUAUAAUCUUGCUUAUUUCGAUGUAAGUUUUAAUAAUCUUAAAGGUCCAAUUCUAUCAGGUUCUGGUAAUUUUAAGAGUCUAUAUUUUUUGGAUCUGUCAUACAACGUAUUUAGUGGGGGUAUUCCUGCUGGAUUAAGGAACUGUACUGGCUUGACACAAGUUUUUGCUGUCAACAGCAACUUAACAGGCAACAUUCCAGAUUUCUUUGGCCUACUUACCAAACUUUCUAUUCUUCGCCUCCCUAUGAACCGUUUGUCUGGACAAAUACCUAAAGAAAUAGGCCGUUGUAGGUCUUUGAAGGAGUUGAUUUUACAUCACAAUGAACUUGAGGGAGAAAUUCCUAGUGAUUUAGGGAUGCUAACUGAGUUGGAGGAUUUGCAAUUGUUUUACAAUAAGCUCACGGGUGAAAUCCCAAUUAGCAUAUGGAAAAUUCCAAGUCUUGUGAAUAUUUUUUUGUACAGCAAUAGCUUUCAUGGGGAGCUGCCUUUAGAGGUCACCGAACUUAAGCAGCUACAAAAAAUCUCACUGGCUGACAACAACUUUUCUGGAGCUAUACCUCAAAAUUUAGGAAUAAAUAGUAGUUUGGUGUGGUUGGAUUUGACAAAUAACAGUUUUACUGGUAGACUCCCUCCAAAUCUUUGUUUUGGAAAGAAAUUAGAAAGGCUAGUUGUGGGUAUUAAUCAACUGCAAGGUGGCAUACCUUCUGAUAUAGGAGCUUGCACAACUCUCAAAAGGUUGAUUCUCAAAUCCAAUAACUUCAUGGGACCUCUUCCUAAUUUGGAAAAUGAUAUGAAUCUUGAUUACAUGGACAUCAGUGACAAUAACAUCAGCGGAGCAAUUCCAUCAAGUUUAGGGAAUUGCAAAAAUCUCACUGAUAUUGAUUUGUCCAUGAACAAACUUUCAGAGUUCAUACCCUCAGAGCUAGGAAAACUUGCAAAUCUUCGGAAGCUGAAUCUUUCUGACAACAAUUUGCAAGGUCCUUUGCCUCCUCCACUAUCAAAUUGUAUCAAAAUGGACUACUUUGAUGUAGGAUUCAAUUACUUAAACGGUUCAUUGCCUGCAAGUUUGAGCAAAUGGACAGGGCUAUCAACUUUGAUAUUAAGAGAUAAUCAUUUUACCGGAGGCAUCCCAACUUUCUUAACAAAAUUUGAAGUGCUCUCAGAGCUACAACUUGGAGGCAAUGCAUUUAGAGGUGAAAUUCCUAGCUUAAUUGGAUCAUUGCAGAAUCUGCUAUAUGGGUUGAAUUUAAGUGCUAAUGGGUUGGUAGGUGAUGUUCCAUUAGAGAUUGGGAAAUUGAACAUGCUUUUGAAACUAGAUUUAUCUCUUAACAAUCUAUCCGGAAGCGUAGAAGUUCUUGAACAACUCUCUUCAUUAGUUGAAGUCAAUAUCUCGUUCAAUUCAUUUACUGGUCCUGUACCAAAUGCAUUGCUGAAGCUGAUGAGUUCUCAACCAUCGUCGUUGUUGGGUAAUCCUGGUUUAUGUGUUAAUUGUUUGCCCUCAGAUAGCUCAAAUUGCCCUAAGGUUGUCAGUUUAAAGACUUGUGGCUCCAUGUCAAGUCAUCAUAAAGGACUGAGUAAAAUUAAAAUCAUAGUGAUAUCACUUGGAUCCUCUAUUUUUGUUCUUCUGUUGUUAGGACUGGCUUUUAUGCUUCUCCUUUGCAAAAGAUCAAGGCAUAUUAUCAGAAUGUUUGUUAGUCAUGGUUCAUCUUCCUUUCUCAAGAAAAUCAUGGAGGAAACAGAGAACCUAAAUGAUAAGUAUAUAAUUGGCAGAGGAGCUCAUGGAGUUGUCUAUAAGGUUUCUCUGGAUUCAAAAAAUGUUUUUGCUGUGAAGAAGCUUCCGUUUUCCAACAAUGGAGGGCAAAGCAAAAGCAUGAGGAGAGAACUUGACAUUGUUGGCAAGAUUCGUCACCGGAAUCUGAUCAGAUUGAAGAACUUCUGUUUCGGAAAGGAUUAUGGCUUGAUCAUGUACAACUUCAUGCAAAAUGGAAGCUUGCAUGAUGUUUUGCACGAAAUGAAUCCACCACCAUCCUUGGCUUGGGGUGUUCGCUAUAAGAUAGCUCUUGGAAUUGCUCAUGGAUUGGCAUACCUUCAUUUUGAUUGUGAUCCGACCAUAGUACACCGAGACAUCAAACCACGAAACAUACUCUUAGAUUCUGACAUGGAGCCUCAUAUUUCUGAUUUUGGUAUUGCCAAGGUGUUGGAUCAAAUCACUGAUUCAACAACAUCUAUAGCUGUUCCUGGCACAGUGGGGUACAUUGCACCAGAGAAUGCAUUUUCAACUGUAGUAAGCAGAAAAUCUGAUGUAUAUAGUUAUGGAGUAGUUUUGCUUGAGCUAUUGACCAGAAAGAAGGUGCUAGAUGCUUCAUUCAUGGAGGGAACAGAUAUAGUGGGGUGGGUUAAAUCUGCAUGGGAAGAAUCAAGGGAAAUUGAUGGGAUUAUUGAUCCAAGCCUUGAUGAUGAACUUUGGGAUUCAAACGUAAGGGAAGAAGUUGAACAAGUGCUUUUGGUCGCAUUGAGAUGUACUGAGAAGGAUCCAAGUUUGAGACCAACGAUGAGAGAAGUCAUCAGCCAACUGAUUAUUAGAAGCAAAGCUUGUGUUGAUAAGAAGUAACAGCAAGAGUGAUCCAACCUCUCCAUGGCUGCUUUAAGUUUUUGGUUGUUUUCUCUCAGUGAUCUUCUUGAGACUUGAGAGUAUGCUAGUCUUGAAUGUAAGUUCAGUAAUGGCCAAUAAGUUGUUGAGAAAGAGCAAUUAGCACUUCAUC